CAUCUUCUUCUUUUUCUUUCCCUUCUGGCAGCAACAAUUCAACACCAUAUGGUACCAUUACUCCUCCCUUUGGCAACACACGCACACCAUGUUCUUCCUAUCACCAAGUUUCAUUUAUUUUCUCCUUCCUUCACGUCUUCCCUGCUGAAGAUCACCACCAAUUAUUUUAUCAAGUCAAGAUGCACCACUUCUUCUCAUCAAUCAAUUUAACAAAGCAACCACUUUUUCUUUCUCGGUAACACAAUCAUCAUCUCAUUACCAGCACCCAUUUCUUCAUCAAAUAUCACCACCAUAUUAAUUUUCUACUAGCACGAGUGCAAAUAUGCCAUUGCCUUGUCUACUUAAUUAAAUCAAGAAGAAUCAGACUUGGGAGUAAGAGGAUUCAAGCACAGUUUCUUCGUUUCUUGACCGAUCGUCGCACUGACAGUUGCUACGCGUAGACCUCGAGGUUCAAUUGUGGAAACUUUGGGGUUGACUGAACAAGCUUGUGAGCGAGACCUGCACCGCGAGACUGGAACAACUCGAGUUUGCAACAGCAAGAGGCACAUUGUAGCAACUAGCAACAGAAAGCACAAAGAACGAAGAAGUGUAAACAAUGUCGUUUAUGAAAGGAGAUUUGCUUUCUCGAACCAGAAAGCUUGUGAAGGGUUUGGCCAAGGCAGAACCCGUGUGGCUCAAAGCCAUGGAACAAGCGCCACCUGCAACAUUUCCUCGAGCUGGGGAUAAAAUUCAGACCAUCACUCUUCCUGAGGAUGUUUAUGUGAAAAAGUUCUAUAAAAAAUACCCUGAAUCUAAGUACCAUGAUCCGAUCAAGUUCUGUGCUUUUGAUCCCCCUCCAUCUCGUCUGUUUGCCUUGAGGGUUCUUGAGUUGAAAGAGCAUGGCAUUAGUGAGGAACAAGCAAUGUCUGUAGCCGAUACGGAAUAUCGGGCUGAGAAGAAGGCGAAGAAGCAGGCAUAUAAACGUCUGAAGGAAAUUGCUCAUCUUCAAGGAAAGAGACCUCCUCCAAACCCAUAUCCUAAUCCUAUCAAGGAGAUACAAGCUGAGGAGAGGAAAUAUGUUCGCGAUCGUUUCUUUAAUCCCAAGAUACAUGAAAUUGUGAAGCAAAAGAAAGCAGAGGCUGAGAGUUUCAGAAGUGGAUUCAGAGGGGGUGAUUGGUGAUUUUAACGGUGCCAAGUUACAAUAAUAUUGAAAUUUUGGCUAUUGAGCAAAUGAACUUUACAAUAAUACUUGCAGGGGCAUAUACUCUGCCUCAUUAUUGAGUGAGUUUUUGAUCUUUUGGUCAUAUCAGAUCAAACUACACUGAAGGUCUUACUAGUUCUAUGUGCGUCAUCUCUUCAAGGCUACCCAUGAAGUUUUAUUAGUUGCUAAUGCUUGCCCUACGUGAUGUGUUAGGCUUUCUUUUGGUUUCAAUUUUGUUCAUUAACCAAUUUUUUGUGGUUUCCUACAAAUGAAAAUGUUUCCAAGAUAAACAUGCACAUGUAAAAUUGUUACUGGGGCUGUUCCAACUUGAUAAAUAAGAGUUGACCUCCUUGCUUCUCUCA